AUAUUGGGUCGCCGAAUGGCGCGCUAGUCGGUCGCGCGCGCCGGCACUGUGAACGAAUACGAAGUAGAGUAGUCUGAAGUGAAUAGAGGGAAACCACUAACGUGCCCAUACAUUCCGCACACCGCGUGAUAAGUUUCGAUCGCAGCCGGCAUAAAGUGACAUAAAUCCCAUAAUUUUCCGCGUUUAAACUUAUUUUUAUGAACGAUAACUACCAUUUUUAACUUUAAAUAAUUUUAUUAAGUAACAAAAUUAUACGACCUAAGCUCCAGUGACUUGUGUUGAAUAUUUUAACCUAGCUCGGUAGGAAGUACAAGACGAAUAUAACAACGUUAAAUAUAUUACAGUUUGCCUUUUAUCAGCGGCGUUGUGGUCAACAGAAUCGGCAGGACGCGGCUUUAUCGGCCCAUGGAGUUACGGUGUACCAACACACGUGGUGAUUCUCAUCGAGUGAUGCAAUGUUUGCCUGACGGAGGCUCAUAGUUUUGGUAACUUUACGUUAUGACUUACAGCCAUGUGCUUGAAGUGCCUGUACACUUUAUGAUCUAGACUUUUGUAAAGUUUGUAUAGUAAUAGUGUUUUGACAGUUGAAAUUAAAAGACAUUAAAGAUGGCUAAAGUGUCGGCUGCAGAGGGACUGACUCCGAAGGUGAUGGAAGUGGGGUCGAGGGAAGAUGGUGAUAAGGAGUCUAAUGGGGGAGUCCGGUUGAAGAAGGAGCUAGGAUUGAUGAACGGUGUGGCGAUCAUCGUGGGAGUGAUCGUCGGAUCGGGGAUCUUCGUGUCUCCGAACUACGCGCUGAAGUAUGCGGGCUCGAAGGGAAUGGCCCUUAUAGUCUGGGUACUCUCAGGGUUCCUCUCUAUGAUUGGCGCGCUCUGCUACGCGGAGCUAGGUACAAUGAUCCCGAAGUCCGGCGGUGACUACGCCUACAUCGGCGAGGCAUUCGGGCCGCUACCCUCAUUCCUUUACCUAUGGGUCGCGCUGUUCAUCCUGGUACCAACCGGGAACGCCAUCACAGCACUAACCUUCGCACAGAACAUUCUCAAACCACUCUGGCCUGUCUGUGACCCACCAGCAGUGGCUGUACGACUUAUAGCAGCUGUCGUCACGUGUUUCCUCACGGCGAUCAACUGUUUUAACGUGAAAUGGGUGACGCGUGUUCAAGACUCGUUUACUGCGGCGAAGAUUCUCGCUUUAUUGGUUACGUUUUUCGCUAGUCUGUGGUACUUAUUCUCUGGACACACGGAGAACCUGGAGUCUAUGAUGGAGGGGUCCAACACGAGUCCUGGAGGCAUCGCUAUAGCAUUCUACACCGGAUUGUUUUCAUACUCCGGCUGGAACUACCUCAACUUCGUCACGGAAGAGUUGAAGGAUCCUUACAAGAACUUGCCGAAGGCUAUCUGCAUAUCGAUGCCUGUGGUUACCCUGGUGUACGCCCUGACCAACGUUGCAUACUUCGCCGUACUCACUCCAUCAGAAAUACUAGCCACAGACGCAGUAGCUGUUACUUUUAGCGUGAAGAUACUUGGAGCUAUGGCGUGGAUCAUGCCUCUGUUCGUAGCUCUAUGUACCUUUGGGUCGCUGAAUGGAGCCAUCUACGCGUCUUCGAGGUUGUUCUUCGUGGGAGCGCGGAAUGGACACCUGCCUCUGGCGAUCUCCCUGAUUGAUAUCAAGAGGUUGACGCCUGUGCCAUCUCUUAUAUUUAUGUGCAUAGCAACACUGGUAAUGCUGAUGGCGCCGAAUGUGGAAUCCCUGAUCGUCUACGUCACAGCCGUGGAAGCCCUAUUCAUCACUUGUUCAGUGUCGGGCCUGCUAUACAUGCGAUACACUCAUCCAAAGCUGACACGGCCUAUUAGAGUGAGCCUUAUCCUCCCGAUCGCCUUCCUCAUCAUCUGCACAUUCCUCGUCGUAUGCUCCUGCUUCGAACAUCCCAUGGAAGUAGGCGUGGGUGUCGCCUUCAUAUUCCUCGGCGUACCUGUCUACUGCGUAUUCAUCCUGUGGAAAAACAAACCCAAAUGGCUGCAAAACGCCUGUAGUUCCUUCAAUUUACUUUGCUCUAAGCUAUUCUUAUCUCUUCCAGAAGAUCAUAAAGAAUUAUGAUCACUGUAGUCCGUGUCGAUGUAAGUGAUCUGAUAACUAUUCCAAACUUAUUAUUUACAUUAUUUAUUACCACGAGCUGUGUUUUUAUAGCAUAAUAUUUUUGUCUUUAUAGUAAUAAAUACAACUAGUGUAAGUCGACAUAUUGAUUCCUACACACUCAUAAUUUUAAGCUGUACUUUAAGUAUGGAAAUGCAUUAAAUUUAAUAUUAAAACUACUUA